AUGUGCAAUGUCAGUGAGUGAUGAUAUUAACAAAAUCCCAAUGCCUGCUCUUCUAGUGCUUGCUGGGCCUGCUAAUCUGUGUGUUUUCUGUGUGUGUGUGUGUGGGCUGAGCUGCCUGCUGUCACAGCAUUUUAUCUCUCCUCAUUGCCUGGGGAAUUCCAGCCUAGGAUCUGUCAGAGUGUGGAUCCAUCAUCCUUCACUCACUGCAACUAUCACCUUGCCACUGCCAGCCACAGAUACAGUCCGUCCGUGACACUGAUUUUGUCUUUAAUAUUGGUGCUGAUAGCAUUAUAUGGCAC